AUGUCCCCAGACGAAGCCAUUUCGCGGAACAUCUUGAUAUCCGGCGGCGCUCGUGGCAUUGGCCGAGCAUUGGCCCGGUACCUGCUUGAAGAAGGCAACCGGGUGUACAUUUUCGAUAUCGACGAGGAAGAGCUGCAGCACACCACCACUGUGCACUUGGAGCGGUAUCACAAAGACGGUAAACUUGAAUCAUCGCUCUGCAACUUGCGAGAUGUCAAUGAGAUUCGUUCCAAAGUGAAAUCGGCCGCAAAAUUCUUCGACAACCGCAUCGAUGUCUUGAUCAACAACGGAGGGAUUGCAAGCCCGAAAUGGAGCAACGACAUGACCAUGGAGGAUCCGGAUACGUUGGAUCAGUGGCAGGCCUACAUGGAGACAAACUUGACGGCGCCGUUUGUUAUGAGCCAGGCGUGCAUACCCUACAUGAAAGUGACGGGCACGGAUAACGAGACGGGAGCGCAGAAGAUGAAAGGCGCCGGGCCGUGCAUCAUCAACAUCGGCAGCUUCCGAGCGUACCAGUCGGAUCCCAACCAAGAAGGAUACGCAUCAAGCAAAGCCGGGCAGGUGGGCUUGACGCAUUCCAUGUCCAUCAGCCUGGCACCCAUGGGGAUCCGAGUAAACUUGAUCGCGCCGGGCAGGAUCAAGGUCGCGCAUGAGUGCAAAGAGGGCGAUGACAAAGGGGAGACGUUUGAAGCCCAAGUCAGCGAGAAGGAUGUCAGCGACCAUCCCACCAACAGAGCAGGGAGGCCGAAGGAUAUUGCCGAUGCAGUAAAGUGGCUCAUCAACGCGGGCUUCGUAACGGGGCAAGACAUCACCAUUGACGGAGGCGCUUUGCGGCAGAAGUGA